UGCCUGUCCGCGUCGGCUCCGCUGGCUCCUCGGCCGGAGGGGCGGGCCAAGAGAGCGCGAGCGCGCGCGAGGAAGGAGCUCAUGAACCCGGCCCUGAGGGCGCGAGCGCGCGUGGCCGGAGCAUGAACGGUUGUCGAGUGUGAGGCCUCGGGCCGGGACCCGGUUCCCCUCCCCAGUGGGGAACCGGGAGCAAGCGAUGGUGCGGGGCGGCCGGCGGGAUGGAAGCUACGACGCCGACGCUGCCGCCGAGACGCGGGUCGCCCGCCGCCUCCGUUCCCUCCUGCUGCUGCUACUGUUGCUGCUGCUGUCCCCGCCCGCGAGCUCCGAAAGCCAGAAGGGCCCGCUUCAAGCACCCAUUCCCGCCACCGGGCCCGGCCUCAGUGUUUAUAUGAGUCAAGAAGAGGUGCUGCGUCUUAUUGGUAUUGAUGCAGAACUUUAUUAUGUGAGGAAUGACCUGAUCAAUCACUUUGCUUUGUCAUUUAAUCUACAAGUACCAGUAGAGACAAACAGCCUUCAUUUCACUUGGCAUGCGAAGUCCAAGAUUGAAUAUAAACUGGGAUUUCAUGUAGAUAAUCUGUUGGCUAUGGAGAUGCCACAGGUAAAUAUUUCUGAACAAGGAGAAGUUCCUCGAACUUUGUCAGUAUUUCGGAUGGAACUGUCUUGUACUGGCAAAUUAGACUUUGAUGUUACAGUGCUAAUGCAACUGAACAUGACAGUAAAUACUUCCAAAAAUAUCACAGUCUUAAAUUUCAAACGGAGGAAAAUGUGUCAUAAAAAACUUGAUUUAGAAGUAAAGCCACCAAUAUCAGACAAAAAUAACACUAAAGCCAUUUUUGAUCCUGUAAAUGCAGCUCCCACCACGUCUACACGUGUGUUUUACAUCAGUGUAGGAGUUUGCUGUGCAGUCAUAUUCCUGGUAGCAAUAAUAUUAGCUGUUUUGCAUCUUCACAGUAUGAAAAGAAUAGAAUUAGAAGACAGCAUUAGUAACAGCAGUAGUUCUCAAGGUUUAUCCCAGCCUUCAACUCAAACUACACAGUAUCUGAGGGCUGACACACCUAACAAUGCUACACCAAUUACCAGUUCCUCAGGUUAUCCUACUCUACGGAUAGAGAAGAAUGACCUUAAAAGUGUAACUUUGAUGGAGGCAAAGGCUAAAGUGAAGGAUAUAGCAAUAUCCAGAGAGAGGAUAACACUAAAAGAUGUUCUUCAGGAAGGCACAUUUGGUCGAAUUUUCCAUGGUACUCUAAUAGAAGAGAAAGAUCCUAGUAAAGAAAAACAAAUGUUUGUCAAAACAGUAAAAGAUCAAGCUUCAGAAGUUCAAAUAACAAUGAUGUUGACAGAAAGCAGUAAACUCAGAGGUCUUCAUCACAGAAAUCUACUCCCAAUCACUCAUGUUUGUAUUGAGGAAGGAGAAAAACCAAUGGUGCUGUUGCCUUACAUGAACUGGGGGAAUCUCAAGCUGUUCUUGCGACAGUGCAAACUUGUAGAAGCUAAUAACCCUCAGGCAAUUUCUCAACAAGACCUUGUACAUAUGGCGAUUCAAAUUGCCUGUGGAAUGAGCUAUUUGUCCCGAAGAGAAGUUAUUCACAAAGACCUGGCUGCUAGAAACUGUGUCAUUGAUGAUGCACUUCAGGUAAAGAUUACAGAUAAUGCUCUAUCCAGAGACUUAUUUCCAAUGGAUUAUCAUUGCCUCGGAGACAAUGAAAACAGACCAGUGCGUUGGAUGGCUCUUGAAAGCUUGGUUAACAAUGAAUUUUCUGGUGCUAGUGAUGUGUGGUCUUUUGGAGUGACCUUAUGGGAAUUAAUGACUUUAGGACAAACACCAUAUGUAGAUAUUGAUCCCUUUGAGAUGGCUGCCUAUCUAAAGGAUGGAUACAGAAUAGCUCAACCAAUCAACUGCCCCGAUGAAUUAUUUGCUGUGAUGGCUUGUUGCUGGGCACUAGAUCCUGAGGAGAGACCUAAGUUCCAGCAGCUGGUGCAGUGUCUCACUGAAUUUCAUGCAGCAUUGGGAGCUUAUGUCUGACAAUCACUAUUCUACUUAAAAAGCAAUGCUGCAUUCACAGAGAAAACAUUUCCAUCUAUUUAUGCAAACUGUAACCUCCAUCUUAAAAUACCUGGAAGAAAAUUCUACUAAUUUUUGUGGAGUCUUCACAUAAUAUGAACAUCAGGGAAUCAACAUACUAAGCAGGAGCUUCAGUAAAGGAUCUUUUUCCAAAAUCACUGUGCCUUAAAAGUAACGAGGUGGGGAAAACCCACUCUGGGGAAGAUUGGGGAUUAUUCAAAAUGACACUUAUUUGGGGAAAAAAAACCUCUUCUGAUUUCCAAAAAGAAUUCAUGUAAUAUGGUUGACAAGAAUGUAAAGUUAAUUUUGGCACUGUUAAGGUGGGUGCAAACCUCAAGGAAAUAACUGAGAAAUAUGAGCUGUUUAAAAAAACAAAAUUCAAGUGGCAAAAGUCACCCACCCUUUUUUUCUCCCUUCCUUAUUCCCAAAAGUCUUUCGUGUGUUGCAGCAUCAAAAUAUUUAAAAUUACUUGACUGGUUUUGGUGUUCAGGUUUGUAGUUGGAAUUCUUUGUAUCAGUUGCUUUUCUUUUAAGACGAUAGCACAGUAUGGUUGGAAUCACAAGUGGCCUUUUCUUAUUUUUAAUCCCAUUCUUCAGUAGCAGUUCUUACUGGGAAAAAUGCUUUAAGGUGCAUUGUGCCCCUCCUAAGACAGCAAGAAAUUAUUUAAACAUUCUGGUUUAUUCAGUUAAAGUAAAACUAAGCCUCAAAUUAAAUGGUAAAAAUCUAACAUACUAUUCCAAGUGCUAAAAGUGUUGAAGCUGUCUUUUUAUUAGAAGCCUUUCAUCCUGGAUUAUAGAAUGCAAUUUUUCUUGUUAAAAUGGUACUGGUUUAUGUGUGUAGGGUUUUUUUAUGACCUGAAAAGGAAUAAAAUAUAUAUAUAUAUUUUAAGGACACAGUUGAUGAGUAGAAGAAAUUGUUAUUAUGAUUUAAUGAGAAACUUUAAAUCUGAUACUGUAGUGUUGCAUUAAAUGCAUUAGUCAACAUUUAAUUCAAAAUUUGGGGAAAAUGAAGCCAUUUUAUUAUUCGUUACAUACUGAAGUCCACUACCAACAAGUCAGAUUACUUCUCAGAUCUCAUAUUGAUUUUAGAGGAUGGUAAAAAUUGGUUUAAAAAUGUUGAACUUAUUUAUAUAGUUAGGUAACAGUUCUGCCAUUUUAUCUGAAAUGCUAUUCUCAGACAAUUCAGAUGUAACUGACAGAUAGUUUUCAGAGUUUAUAGAAAAAUCCCUGCUACCAUAGAAAUUAAAUGUAGUUUAAAUCAAGCUUUUUAAAACAUACGUCCAAAAGAUUUUCUCAUACACAUUGAAGAAACAAGUUUUGCCCAGCAUGGGUUGCUGUUCUCCUGCCAUUGCGCUAUAUACAAUAUGUGCAUGGUGUUUUACGUAUGUCAAUUUUUUUUUGCAGUUCUUAUCAGUGUCACAUGGGAUCAAUCACAAAACUAUAGUUGGGUAGGUCUGGGGAAUACAACAGCAAAAUGUUGGAAGAAGUAAAAAUAAAAGUGUUAAUUUUGACACAUUAUCUUUUGAUCCAGUAGAAAUCUUUUUCUUAGUUCUAGUUUGUGCAGAUAUAGGUAAGAUAUGUUAGGAUUUCUAUCUUUGAUAGAACAGAUGCAUUGUUCAAAUCCACAUAAAAUAUCAGCUUUUACCAAUGUGCUGUAGAUAUAUUGGAACUUCCAUUGGCCCCAGACAGAAUGAGUUGUCCAAACAGCUGGAGACAUCUGGCUAGGGAACAUAAAUAUAUAUUAAUAUGAUAUAGAAGACAGGAUACAAAGUCCAAGGUAUAACAAGGAAAGUUCAGCAUGAAAGUCCAUUUGGUUAUUUCAUGUAGUUUGCCAUUCGGACUUCAAUAAUGGAUGGAACAUUUGAAUUCUUCCUAGAAUGUUGGACAGCAAUUAUUAACAUUAAAACAAACCAAAAGUACAUGAACACAAAAGGGAAUAUGAAGCAAGUUGACCUGGUGUACAACAUACAAGUUACAUGUAUGUCCUUUGUCACAAAAAAAGAUUAUUUGGCACUGUUGUACCUAAUGUGCUAGCAACAAGGAUCCAGUUUUGGUAGGAGUAGUGUCUUUUAGAACCCGAUACCAAUCUGAAAGUGAGUAUUCAUUUAAAACUGCAUAUUUUUCUAAUGAUUUUAAUAGCAGUGGAGUUAGGCCAAAAUUAAGCACUUCUGAAGAUUUCCAUCCUAUAUGCUUAGCUCUAGCUUCAGGGAAGAAUGCUUCUUUCGAAUUCAUUAUGUACACAAAAAUUGCACAAUCAAUGGUCAGUGUUGCACACAAUGGUACACAGUGUUGCACACAAGGUUUAAAGAGAAAUUCAGUCUGUAGUAAGUAAACUCUCAGUUGAUUUAUGCCUUUGCUUUAAUACCUGGAGCAAAUUGGCUGGUACAAUCAACAUGACAGAAGCACUUAUUAGUUUUAAUAAAACAUCCAAAGAGACAGUGAAAGAAAAAUGUGUAACCUGAAGAGUGAGCAAAGAAGGAAAUGAAACAAGCUGAUGGAGACUAGUCUUCAGUCAGUAGUAAACAGUCAAAUGACCAAAAUAUUAAACUGGUGCUAUGCAAGAUGAUGUUAUAUAUAAUGAUGUAAGCUAUUGAAAAGAGGUUCCAAAACUGGAUCUACCCAUCUUUUUAAAGACAAGUACCUCUCAUAACAAAGUUGCUUACAUUUGGGAGCAUGCCCAAAGUAACUCUAUGGAAGCCAUGGGACAAUUUGGAUUGUUUUAUUUUUCAUAGUAGUAUGGACAAUUAAUUUGUUUCUCAGCUACAUUUUCUCAGCUCUCAGUUUUUCAUGAAUGAACUCUUAACUUACUAUUUUUAGGAGUAACAAAAGGAAAUUGCUUUCUUAGAAUAAUCAAAGAUGAUACUGGCAAUAAUGGCUUCAAGGUGUCAGAAUGAACAAGUUUACAAGAAAGCUUACCUCGGAAUAGGGAAUAAACAAUCCAAUUCCUCCUGGACAGACAGUUCAGGGUUUUGAGCCAGUAGAUAAUAACCUGCUUUUUCUAAAGACAUGUUAGGUCAAAUAAAAUCAUUGUUGUUUUUGCUACUUGCCUGAUGCAUCUAGGAAAUCUACAACCAGCCAAGACCUGAUAGCAAUAACUCUGUCCUGUUGUCACUUUUCAGUUUGCCAUUGAGUCUGGAGGGUCUAUGUUGCCAAUAAUGACAACCAGACAUUGAGAGAACAGGGCAUCCUGAAGAAUUUCUUAAAGCUCUGGAAUACCAUGUUUUAUGGGCAAGGCAUGCCAAUUCAGUGAACUCAAUCAGCAUUACAUCAUCUUGAGAUAAUAAACCCAUAUAUGAGGUCAUAACUGCAGUUUCUUUUUUAAUUUGUUUUUUAAUUUGCAGUUGCUUUUUUAAUUUCUGUAACAAAACCAAACAAAAAAUCUUUACACGGAAAAAUAGGUCAAGGAGAUUACAUUGCAACCUUCCUGAGCACGUAACAUUUUCCUAACUCCUGGAUUUAGCAGGAAUUGUCAUUGACUUGCUGCAUCAGUGAGAUCUAACCUGGAAAUCAUCCUUGAUUCUUGGUACUCAUAAAAUCCUAGCCUAAGUGCAGUGGUGGUGAUUAGCCUUCCAUGAUGACAGUGGAAGACUAGUGAUGGAGAUAGAACGGGAAUCAUUGUGGCUUCUAGGCCAUUGCAGUUUUUUUGUGCUCUAGUUCAGAAACCUAUUUCAGACUCAGAAAUA